AUGAAGCUAAAUUUCGCUUCGGGUCUGGUGCUGGCCCUCGCAACCGUGGAGGCGGUUGGGGCACACUCGUGGUUCAGCAAAGCUGGUAUGUCCAUUGUAGUGUACGAUAAAUGGCAUGAAUCAGAACUGGAGCGGUGGCUUUCCGAUCAUGACAUCCCGUAUCCUUCUCCCGCUGAUCGCAAAGACCUCGAAAGCGCUGUGAAGGUAAACUGGAACUCGAAAGUCCAAAAGCCCUUGGGACAAGCAGCGGACCAGGCUACCGAUCAAUGGCAUCAAGCCAAAGACUGGAUUUUUGAUACGUACGUCCAGAACGGAAGGGCGUAUUACUUUCCGCGCAAGCGCGAUGUCCUGCUCAAGACGGCCCGUGAAAACUACGAAGCAAUUGCCAAAAGACUCGGAGAAGCUGCUUCUUAUCCUGGCAACUGGGUCUACGAGCAGUGGACUGAGUCCGAUCUAAAGGAAUGGCUUGACGAGCGUGGCUGGCCGGUGCCUCAGCCUACAACCCGUGACAAGCUGAUCGCAAUGGUGCGUCGCAACGCUAGACUAGCCAGCCUACAAGCACGGAGCCUCGCUGCUUCUGCUUCUAAAUCCGCAGAUGCAGCUCAGGCUACUCUGAGUGAAGCGCUAUUCAAUGCGUGGUCUGACUCCGACUUGAAGAAAUUCCUCGACGAACAUAAUGUCAAGGUGCCACAAGGCUCUAAGCGCAACGAGCUGGUCGCACUGGCCAGAAAGCACCGCGCCUCCCUCGUUAGCCAGGCCUCUUCUGUAGCUUCUACUGCAUCCCAGAGUGCUACCUCGAAGGCCUCAGAACUAUAUGGUGCUGCUACCACUAAGGCUGGCAACGAGUAUGCCCGAGCAACCGAUGCCGCACAGCUUAAGGGAGAGGAGGCCUUUGAAGCUGCUGUCGCAACCUGGUCUGACUCCCGUCUCAAGGCCUUCUUGGAUGCACGAGGAGUCCCUGUUCCGCAGAGCAACAAGCGUGAUGAGCUUCUUGCAAAGGUUAGACUAAACAAGCACAAAGCAGCCACUGGCUGGAGCGCUUGGACUUUCGACACUUGGGACACUGAGCACUUGAAGAAAUACCUGUCUUCAAUGAAUGCAAAGGCAGCUCACCGCGCAGAUCUGACUCGGGAUGAGCUGGUGAAGCAAGCUCAAGAUACUUACGCUAAAGCCUCCAAGGCUGGAGGGGCAAACCUGGCAUCAGCUACGUCAUACAUGGCGCAGGCUACUGACGCUGCCAAGUCUUCCACCUUCGACACCUGGUCUCAUUCUGAACUUAAGGCUUACCUUGACUCAUAUGGUAUUCCGGUCUACCAAGGCUCUAGCCCCAACGAAUUACGCGCUGCAGUACGUCGCAACGCCGAGUACUUUAGGUACGGUACUAGUACUCCUCAAGGAACAAUCUAUGCCAAGCUCCAGGAUGCUACCAACUGGCUCCUGGAUCAGUUGAAGAUCGGAGCGGCCAGUGGCCGGGCUCAGGGUCAGCGGGCUGCUGAGAAGGCGCAAGAGAAGGCUGCGGAUGCUGCGGAAGAAAUGCGAGCGGAACUGUGA